CAUUUGUGUUAACCUAAAUUUACUGGUGUUUAUAUGAAAUACGCUUAUAUUUGCCCGCCGUAAUUUUACACUAUUCGUUAAAUUACUGUGCAAUAAAAGUGAAUUUGUGUUGUUAAGUGUACUAACCGUAGUGUUGUUAAAAAUGUCCACCACCAGCACGGACACGUUGAAGCUCAACCAAACGGCUAUGUUCGCCAAAAUACGCGCCGGUUUGCCGGUGGAGCGCCAACAUACGCAAAAUUUGCUUGAAUGCAAGGAUGAUAUGUUAUAUGCAUGGGAUUCGGAGGAAAACUGUUUACUGGCGGUGAAUUGGCGUUUGGCAGCGUUGGAGGGAUUCGAUGUUGUUAAAUACCAGAAUCUCGUUCCAUCGGUGCCGCAAAGUUUUCAAGUGGAACGUGUCUUGGCCUCCACCGAAGGCUCACUCAUCGCAUUGGCCGGCGCCAGAGGUGUCACUGUGCUCGAAUUGCCGCGACGCUGGGGCAAAGAUGGACUCUUCAUGGAAGGCAAGGAGAAAAUCACCUGUCGCGCUUUUAAUUUAGAUGCUUUGGUCUUUAGCAACAAUCCACACCUGGAACUGCGUCAGUUGCGCUGGCAUCCGUUUUCACCUACCGACUCGCAUCUGCUCGUUCUACUCUCGGACAAUACCAUACGGGUUUAUGAUAAUUCCACUCUACGCCAUGUUUGGCAAGUUGGUCCAGUUCCAAUUAAAUCCGAUAACAGUCUUAAUAGUUCGCUGUCUACGGCUUUGAUGCUUGGUGAAGUAGCGGUCGAUUUUGAUAUCGCGCCCGCUGUGGCGCAAAAAGAGGAUGGAGCAAUGAAUUACAAUUCCACGAUAACCAAUAAUAGCACUAAGGAAUCACUAAAUAAUAGUCGCAAUUUAUCGAAGACACUAAAUGAAAGUGCUACAGGAAAGAAAAAUUCACAGAACUCAGAACGCAUUGAGUGGCCAAUAGUUGUGCUGCGUGAAAGUGGUAACAUUUAUAUACUAAUGGCCGGACUAGAUUGCCAUAAACCACGCCUACAAGGUCCGCUAACAAUUACACCACAGAGCAGCGAUAAUUAUGGCUUAGAUUCAUGCGCUAUUUUAGUCAUUCCAUCCUUGCCUCCCACACUGAUUAUUGCCGAAUCGAAUGGCAAUCUGCAUCAUGCACUAUUACUGGAAGCAGAAGAGGCAGAAGAGUCCUUCAACGAAGUCGAUGUCAGCUUGAUCAUAUAUCCAUCCGAGUAUACAGUGCAUGUGCUAGAGACGGUGAUGUUGGAGUUGGGUUUGCCCAAGGACGAUCCAAAAUCGAAAACAUACAAUUGUCCAAUAUAUUUGAAAGGUGACUACAUCAAUGAGAUGCGCUACUUUGCCUACCACAAUGCCGGACUGCAUGCGAUAACCGUUAAUUUUAUAUCCGAAUUGCAGCGGUUCGUAGAAAGUGAUGUUGACUCCGAUAUCAGCCCACUCUCGAUCGCCUCGCAUGCCGAGUAUAUCGUUUGCACUAAAAUCGAUCCCAGCGAGCGCAUUAACGCCGUACUCGGCUUUGUGCUACUCCAAAUGCCGUCCGGCGUAGUACUACUACUCGGCAGCGGUGAGGUUAUCAGUCUGAAACUCAUCAUUGAUCCCAAAAUACUAGUGGAAUCUGUGAAAAUUAAAGAAGAAACCGAUAGGUCAUUACCCAAAUUGAAUGCCAAGUCAGAAUUGGAUCGUAUGCUGGAGCCAUCGUUUGUAGAUCAUGUUAAGAGCAUGCUCAAACGUGAUGUCACACAACCGAUACUCUCGGUAGAUAAGACUAGCACACCAACGCCACAGGACUGCUAUGAGCUAUUGACGCAAGCCAUUGAGGUUUUGCGCACACAAUACUUGAAGCGUCACGAACAAGUGCGCGCUGAGAUUAAUAAGCGCGUGAAUACGAUUAAGUUGCGCAAGGAGCAACAGGGGCGUGAAAUUGCCGAUUUGGAAAAGGAGCGUGAGAAUAUAAGGGAGACAGCGCACAGGCUUGCCGAGCGUUUUGAGGAGAUAAGCGAUCAGCAAGAGAUCAUAACGAAGAAAUGUCAACACCUUGUACGUCAGGCUCACACCCGCCUUCCCACUAAUCCAAUUGCUGAUAGGGAAUUCGCCCAAGAGGUGGAACGCAUCAAUAAGGAGACUAAAGCUUUGACUAAUUGCAUUCAAAAGGCGCGCGACACCAUCAACAAGCAAACCUAUCAUAUUUCCAAAUACAAUCAGACUGCAAAGAAGAAGACAUUUCAUUUACCCGAGCGACAGGAGAAGAAUAUCAAGGAAAUUUUAAUGCAGGUCGCUGCCGAGGUGGAUUCACAAAUUCGUGAUGUAAAGCAGAUCAAUCAGCAACUUGGCAUUUAAAAUGCAAACUUAAUAAUUCCGUCGAAUUUUAGUAUCAACAUACACAAUUAAAAAAAAAUGGCGGCAAGCCGUUAGUGGGUAAAAACCGCAAAACGUAAAUAUAUGAUAUUGAAUACAUACAUACAUGUGUGCAUAAAUCAUUUUCGUUAA